AUGUUCGGGACAGGAGACGUCCAGCUGCAGCGUGCGCAGGAAUACGCAGUGCCGCCACCCAAGGGCCAGCCCUACGGCGUUCCGCUGCCCGGGUCACAGACGGAAGGACGCAGCGCUGUGUACCGCCAUUGGAGAUUUGCAGACAAGCCGCUGCUCGAGACGUUGGACCCCGCCAUCAAGACGGCCCACGACGGCUUUGAGGCGGCUGCCGCGAGAUACCCCAAGAACAGGUGCCUGGGCCACCGUCCGUACGAUCCCGUCACCAAGAUCUUUGGCGCAUACGUAUGGCAAGACUACCAGACCGUCCAGCGACGGAGAAAGAACUUCGGCGCGGGUCUCGUGCACCUGCACAAGCAGGCGGGCGUGACUGCCCAGAGCUAUGGCGUGGGCUUGUGGUGCCAGAACCGGCCCGAGUGGCAGAUCACUGAUCUGGGAUGCAUGUCACAGCGCCUAUACACUGUUUCCCUGUACGAAACCCUGGGUCCCGACACCGUUGAAUACAUCAUCAACCACGCAGAGCUGAACUGUGUCGUCACUUCUCUGAACCAUGUAGUUACCCUGCUGAAACUGAAGCCGCGCCUACCGACCCUCAAGCUGAUUGUUGUCAUGGAUCCGCUCUCGGCUGGCGAACAAGCUGGUUUCUCGAAAAGCGAUCUCUUGAACGCCAUGGCGACUGACUUGGGUGUCUCCGUCCAGUAUAUCGGAGAUGUAGAAGCUCUGGGCGAGAAGCAGCCUUUGCCAUACAACGCUCCUACUCCCGAUGACAUUGUCACCAUCAACUACACAUCCGGCACCACCGGAGACCCCAAGGGAGUCGUCUUGACACACCGAGCUGCGCAGGGAGGAAUUAGCUCCUCGAUGAUUAUGCUCGGCGGCACCAAUGACGGUGUCUAUGCUUCCUUCCUUCCGCUUGCCCACAUCUACCAGCGCUUAGGAGAGCACAGUGCAUUGAGCACGGGCUCGUGCAUUGGCUACUUCCACGGCAACAUCGCAGAGUUGGUGGACGAUCUCAAGGUUCUGCAACCCACCCUCGUCGCAGGUGUACCAAGACUGUACAACAGGUUCGGGUCUGCCAUCAAGGACGCGACCGUCCAACAGGCCGGCGCCAGAGGUGCACUAUCUCGCCAUGUUGUCUCCAAGAAGCUCGCCGCCAUCCACGACAAGCAAAACCCUAGCAACACUCACAUGCUCUACGACCGCAUAUGGUCCAAGAAAGUCGCCGCUGGCCUUGGCCUCGACCGCGUCAGGACCAUGGUCACCGGCUCCGCGCCCAUCGACCCCUCCCUCCUCCAAUUCCUGCGCAUCGUUUUCAGCAACAACUUCUCCCAGGGCUACGGCCUCACCGAAACCUACGCAAUCGGCGUCGUCCAAUCCGAGGGCGACUUCUCCGCCGGCUCCUGCGGUGGCCCCGCCCCCUGCGCGGAAGUCUGCCUCCUCGACGUCCCUGACAUGGAGUACUCCUCCAUGGACAAGCCGUACCCGCGCGGCGAGCUGCUCAUGCGGUCCACCACGCAGUUCCGCGAGUACUUCCGCAAUCCGGAGGAGACGGCCAAGGCGGUCGACGCCGACGGUUGGUUCCACACGGGCGACAUCUGCUCCGUCGACGAGCUCGGCCGCUUCAAGAUCAUCGACCGUAGGAAGAAUGUGCUCAAGCUCGCGCAGGGCGAGUACAUCUCCCCCGAGCGCAUCGAGAACGUGUAUCUCGCCAACUGCGGGUGGAUUGCGACCGCGUACGUACACGGUGACAGCCACCAGGCGUUCCUCGUUGCCAUAUUCGGGGUUGCGCCGGACAUGUUCCCCGCCUUUGCGAGCAAAGUGCUGGGCGAGAAGAUUGCGGUUGGCGAUGUUGAGGCGCUCAAGGCGGCGCUGAAGCAUAAGAAGGUGGAGAAGGCGGUGCUGAAGGAACUUGACCGUGUGGGCAAGAAGAACAAGUUUAACAACUACGAGAAGGUGAAGGCGGUGAGGUUGUUCUUGGAUCCGUUUACGGUAGACAACCAGCUUUUGACGCCGACGCUCAAGUUGAAGCGCCCGCAGACAGCGAAGGCAUUCCGAAAGGAACUCGACGACUGCUACGAGGAGGCGCUCGCCGAGGAGGCAGCCGGCAAGGCGAAGGCGAAGCUAUAG